AUGUCAGAAAUGGAUUUUGACUUAGACACUGAUCUUGAUUUAGAUAAAGGCAAAGGUAGAGAAAAUUUAGUAGAAUCACCACAACAAGUAGCAGAAGAAUCAGUAUCUGGCGAUGAAACAGCUAUUGGUGAAUAUGCACAAGAAUCCAAUAGUGAUGAGGACGACGAUGAAGCAGAGGGUGGUUCAAGCGUAACUGAUAACAAUGCAGAACUUGGGAGGAAAGAAGAAGAAUUCUUGAGAAAAGAUCGCUCUUUACUGGAAUUUCUGUUAUUGUUAGAUAAUUUUGAACCUCUUAUUCCGGAAUUUGUAACUGAGUAUUAUCUCAACAGAUCAGGAAUCCAAUGCGAUGACGUUCGAGUAAUGCGUCUCAUGUCAUUAGCCGCUCAAAAAUUUGUUGCUGAUAUCGCUACAGAUGCAUUUCAAUAUUGCAAGAUUCGCCAACAAAGUAAAAAGAAUGUUGGAAAGACUAGUCACGGUGCUCCAAUAAAACUGCCAAAAAACUGCCAUGAAACGCGUGGUUUACAACUUGGAAUGGCAUCCCAAAUUCAAACACCUAAUCCCGGCGAAGUAACUGUUGCGGAGAUUGAUGGGCGACUAUUACAGUUGAAAAAGGCUUCGGAUCCCAACAUUGAAGUUUAUGUUCGCGCUGAAGGUGUGCUGUUUCCACAGCUACAAAUUCCGAACGAUCUCAAAAGCCCGGAAACACUUCAUCAGAGUAGACGAGUGAUUGUUCAAAAUUUACCGCCGCGAAAUGUUUUGAGUAAGACUGCUCAGAAAAUCAAAGAUUUUGUUGGUUGCCAAUUCAAAUAUGCAAAAGCUGUUAUUGGCGAUUUUGCUAGAAUAAUUACCGACAUUCUUCCAAACUAUUUGUCUAAUUCAAUUUUUGAUGUGGAUACUAUUCGUCAUAUGCAAUCAUUAUGCAAUAUAAAAAAUCAGUAUCCGUCAAAAAUACUUGCGUGGCAUCCGUAUAUUUCACUCUUUGCAGUAGCACACAAUGUGGAUGUAGUUUUCUUAUAUGAUUUACGUGUGGAAGCCUGGUUUCCAGAAGCAUUAGAAACAACUUUACAAAAAGAAAUCACAUGCAUGGCUUGGAAACCUUUAGGUGGAAAUAUCUUGGCUGUCGGAUGCCGGCGUGGAAUUUGUUUGUGGGAGUUGACAUUUAAUCAGAAGAAAAGUUCUGGUGAAUCAUCAUCAUUCAACGCGUGGAUGCGUUAUCUUAAUUCAACAGGUUCAUCUGAUGGAUCAAUCAUACUUUGGAACACUUCGUUCGGAAACGGCACAGUUUUAACAACAAGACACAAGGUUGUGUUUCUGAGUUGGAGCCCAGUGGGAGAAUUUUUAUUUUCAUCAUUUCUAGAUGGUAGAAUUGAAGUAUAUGAAACACAACGAUGGACAUCUAAAGCUAUUAAUACUUCUUCACAGAUUUCUUCGCGGCGACCGGUUCAAACUGCAUGUUGGACGGCAGAUGGUCGUGCUUUGUUCCUAUCAUUUUGUGAGGACCAAUAUAUUCGUUGUCUCUCGAUAUCGCCAAAUCUAGACGGCGAAUGGUUUCCUAAGGAAGAUAUGUCAUAUAUCCCGAACUGUGCUGGAAGAACCAUCGAGCAACUAGCUAUUGAUCCAACUGGUGAACGACUUGCCGUAUGUUUCAAAGAUACAGAGUUGCUAGUGGUCUUUCAUGCGAAGAGGCCGACACAAGUCUCUAGAGGUUCUAGUCUUUUGAGUGCUCAAGGUAUCGUUCGAGGACCAUCUUGGAAUGACCCUUCUGAUCCAGGAGCAUGUGUAACACGAAAUAAUCCCAAAGCUGUUUCUAUAAAUUUUGCGCACCAAUUCACUAGAGGAGCAUUAUUGAGUUUGGUGUGGGAAGAUGGUCAAAUAUCUUUUUUGCCAUUUCUUUUUCGUCCUAUUGGUAAGUGA